GACAGUCUACCUCCCUUUUAUGUUCUAAUGCUUUAAUGAAUGAAAAUCAAGUGUUUUGCAUCAGUUUAAAGUAAUUUUUUAUAGAAUUUGAUCAGCAUUCCUCCUGAAUGUGCUUAUCUGAAAGUUGAAAACGAUGCCUUUGGCCAACGCCACCGAUCCAUGGCGAAUGCAAAAUGUUGGAGAUGUCACGCGUGGCAAUACGGCAGAGUCUGCAAAUAGUCUUCCAAUGGUUGUGGAAAAUUUAGCAGAGUCUCGACAGACAUCCACAACAGAGAGUCUUGAGUCAAAUGCAUCAAAUACAGAUCAAAAUUAUGAAAGAGAAGUGGAACUUCAAGAUGUAGUUAAAGAAGGCCAUGAGAAGGCAGAUCCUUCUCAAUUUGAACUACUAAAAGUUCUUGGUGAAGGUUCUUUUGGCAAAGUAUUUUUAGCUCGCAAAGUAACUGGUCCUGAUACUGGUACUCUUUAUGCAAUGAAGGUACUUAAGAAGGCUACACUAAAAGUCAGAGACAGGGAACGUACGAAGAUGGAAAGAAACAUUUUAGUAGAAAUGGGCCACCCAUUUAUUGUAAAAUUACACUAUGCAUUUCAAACAGCAGGAAAAUUGUAUUUAAUAUUAGAUUUUCUACGUGGUGGGGAUUUGUUUUCACGACUUAGCAAAGAGGUCAUGUUUACAGAAGAAGAUGUAAAGUUUUAUUUAGCUGAGUUAGCAUUAGCAUUAGAACAUGUGCAUAAAUUGGGAAUAAUAUACAGGGAUCUAAAGCCAGAAAAUAUUUUAUUAGAUGCAGAUGGGCAUAUAGCCCUUACCGACUUUGGUCUAUCGAAGCUACCUCCUAGUGAUAAAGCUUACAGUUUUUGUGGUACUGUUGAAUACAUGGCUCCUGAGGUUGUUAAUAGGAAAGGACAUACCAUGGCUGCCGACUGGUGGUCUUUUGGUGUUCUAAUGUUUGAAAUGUUGACGGGUAAUCUACCAUUCCAUGGCUCUACCAGACAUGAGACAAUGACUCAAAUCCUUAAAGCGAAAUUAGGUAUGCCUUCAAAUUUGAGUGAGGAGGCACAAUCUCUUUUACGUGCGCUGUUUAAGAGAAAUCCACAUAAUAGGUUAGGAGCCGGUCCCAACGGUAUUGAAGAUAUAAAGAGUCAUGAGUUUUUUGCAAACAUAGAGUGGGAUGCAUUAUUAAAAAAAGAGGUGGUGCCACCGUUCCGGCCGGCGGUGUCCCGCGCGGACGACGCGUUCUACUUCGACACCGAGUUCACGUGCCGCACUCCGCGGGACUCCCCCGGCGUGCCCGCCUCCGCCAACGCGCACGAGCUGUUCCGGGGUUUCAGUUUCGUGGCACCGUGUUUACUGAAUGAAGAUGACAACAAAACCGUCACAAAUCAAAAUCAGAACCACAUCGCAGAAACCAAGACGUCUACUGAAGAAUUCUGGGCUGGAUUUGUUAAUAAGAAUAAAUUCUUCGAUGAGUAUAGAUUAAUGGGUGAAUUGGGCACUGGAUCUUUUUCCGUAGUGCGACUUUGUGAGCACAAAGCUUCAAGGACACAAUACGCUGUAAAAAUCAUGGACAAACUACAGUAUGAUCCAAGAGAAGAGAUUGAAAUUCUAUUGAGAUACAGCCAGCACCCGCACAUCAUCAGCCUGCGCGGCGUGUACGAGGAGGGCGGGCGGCUGCUGGCCGUGACGGAGCUGUGUCGCGGCGGGGAGCUGCUGGAGCACAUCACGCAGCGCCGCUACCUGCCCGAGCGCGAGGCGGCGCGCGUGCUGCGCAACGUGCUGCACGCCGUGCACUACCUGCACCGCCACACCGUCGUGCACAGAGAUAUCAAGCCUUCAAACAUCUUGUUUGCAACUGCCGAGCGACGCCCGGAGGAUGUUCGGCUGGUCGAUUUCGGACUAGCGAAGCAGCUGCGUGCAGAAAACGGGCUGCUCAUGACGCCUUGUUACACCGCCAAUUUCGUAGCGCCGGAAGUUCUCAAGCGCGCUGGAUAUGACGCUGCUUGCGACAUAUGGAGCUUAGGAGUACUCGCUUACAUAAUGCUUUCCGGGAGAACACCUUUCGCCUCAACAGGAGACGACACGCCCGAGGCAAUUUUAGCCCGGAUCGAAUCUGGAAAGGUGGAGACGUCGAGCGGCGCGUGGCGGCACGUGUCGGCGGAGGCGCGCGCGUGCGUGCGGCGCAUGCUGCAGCUGGAGCCCGCCAUGCGGCCGCGCGCGCACGAGCUGCUGCGCGAGGCGUGGCUGGCGCGCGACGAGCCCGAGCCGCCGCCGCGCGCCGCGCCGCCCGAGCACGACGACGCGCCCGCGCCGCACGACCUGCGCCGCGCCGUCGACCUCACCUACCAGGCUAUGACAUCAGCGCCAUUGACACCUCAUAUACUGGGUCCUGUAACUCAAUCGACUCUAGCGCAACGUCGAAUUAAACCGCAGCGUCGGUUCCCGCCUACACAAGUUUAAAAAUACAAAAAUGAAAAACUUUCGAAUUCGCCUGUUGCUGAUCGAGGAAAAAAAGAAAAAAUGCAAUUGACCCAAAAGACAUGUCAAACAUUUCACAAAUUCGCGUUGUCAAUACCAUCUCUACUAGUCAAGUUAUGAUUCAACAAACAAGGUUUUGGUAAACAUUUUAAAAAAAAAUUAUUUAUAUGCAAUUGGUAUGAAUUAUUUUAUAAUUCAGGUAUACGAUUAUUAUUUUUUAAUAAUUGAUUACUAUUAUUUAACUAACUAUAAUCAACUGUCCUUAAGCUAAGAUAAUUAAGAUCAAUAGUAUUAAAGCUCUAAUGUUCAAAGUUUUUCUUCGCGUGAAAUUUUGAUUUUGAAAAUGAUUAUUUUCCCCAUGAGAUUUUAUAUUAAUUUAGUAAUCUACCUAAGUUGAUUGACUGUAUACUUAAACGUAAUUGCCCCAAUUUAAGUUCUUUAAGCUUGAAUAUCUUCAAAGGCACAUUCCAAAUUAUAGCACUUUAGUUAGUCAUUUAUAGGAAGAAUAAAGAAAUUAUAAAAAAUAAAUAUAAGGCAAGUUGUCUUCCUAAUUAUAUUUAAAUUUAAGAGAUUAACUAUAUUUUUUUAAAUAUUCGUUUCCUACCCACCUUUCUUUUAGUCCUAUAGUGCCAUUUAAAAAAAUCCCACUGAAAACUAUUUUUUUUUUUUAUUUGUGCAUCAAUAACUUAAUCACGCACGAAAGUAUAAAAAUAUUUUUUUUAAUUUUUUAUACAGUAUUAAUUUAGAUUCGCAUCGUAACUACUUCAUACAUUCUAUAACAAAAUAUUAUUUAUAUUUUUAUAAGAGAAAAAUAUUAUUCGUUAGUAAUGUAAGUUUUAAAAUAUUCAUGAGGAAUGAUUAUUUUAUCAUUAUUUCUGCUAUAUAUAACAUUUCUAGUUAUGGCCUAAUGCUAUUUAUUGAAUUAUUUUCAUACUAUCCUAUUAAAAAUUAAAGAAUGACUUGACAGUGAUCUAUAAUGAUGUUUCAACGUUUCCUAAUUUAUCUAAUGACCAAUAAAAUAAUAUAUUCUACAAUAACAGGUUAUAAGUACAUGCAUAAGGCCAAUGUAUACUGAAUUUUCUUUGUAAUAUCUAUUUUCUAUCUUAGAAUAUAAGUAACUAUGUCUAUUUCGUUAUAUGCUUUAAUUAGCGGUAAAUGAUACAUAAUUUGUGAUGUAUUUACAAAGUUGCAAUCAAUUCUAUUAUUUUUUUACUAUUAAAAAAAAACUUUCACAGUUUAUAUACUUUCCUUAAAAUAUGUAACUGCCAACUUUAAUUAUUUAAUACAGUAAAAUAAAGCCAGAAGUAAUUUUUUACAUAACCACUGUAUUAUUUAAUGUAAUGUGUAUUUUUAAGAUUCAUUUAAUCUAUAAAAAAAGUCAGUAUUUUCAUGAAAUUAACAUAAAAAAUAUAUAUUAAUUAUGUAUUUAGAUAAAUGAAUUAGUAUUUUAAAUGCGGUGGCGGUUUUAAGAAUACUAUAAAAAUAUAUUUAACGUAUAUUUUUGUAUAAUGUAAUAGUUGCUUGAAAUAUCGAUUUCAUGCAUAAUAUUAUUGUAUUCCUUAUUCAAUUAUUAUUAGUAUGUUAUAUGUUAUUCAUAAUAGAUUUACUUAACCAAAGAUUUUUAUAUAUUUUAGUGAUUAUGUCACAAUUCUAUCUUUGCUGUCAUAGCGACAUUGACAUUGAAUAUUUUGCGCUCAACUAGCGUAUAUAUAUACCGGAAAAAGAAGAAAAAAUAAAAUAAAAAUAUAUUGUUGCUAUGAAAUUGUUGUUAAGGAAAUCGAAACGGAAUGAUAGUAAAUUGGCAAUCGUACUUAUACGAUACGUAUAAACCAAUUAUUCAAUCGUAUUUUUAUAAUAAUUUCUUAAAUUAAAAUAUUAAUGACAUUAAAAUUUUUAUUUCUUCUAUAAAGCGAUGCAUAAUAUAAAUAAUUAAUAUUCAUAAUAAUUCAUAGCGAGAAAUGUACCAUUUAUGCAAUAUUUAUGGACGACUUACCGUCAUAUUGCAGAAAGUCAUACAAUUACAAAUAUGCCAAACAUUAAAAAUAACAUUUAUUAUUAACAUAUAUGAUUUUUACAAGAAACAGGCUUCCGAAAUAGAGAGAAUAUAGUUCGCGCCGUGUAACUUUGUCAGUCUGAAAGCAGGCGUUCGUAUUGGCCGAGCAGUACGGUUUCAAAUUUAUGCAAUUAAAAAAAAAUGUUGUACACAAAAAUUAUUCAGUUUAAGAAUAAUAAAGACAGACCUGACUCUGGCCGUGAUAGUAAAAAAAAAGAAUUAAAUUAUAAUUAUGGUGAAAAAAACAAAAAAAAAAUUUUGAAUGCCUGGCGAAAAACAAAAAGGUCCCUUUUGGCAUAUUUUUCACAAACCACCAUGAAGAUAACAAUAACGAAUGUUAAAACAAUAUCAACAAUUAUUACCAAUUAUUAAAUAGAUAAUAGUUGGUAAUAAUUGUUGGUAAUUUUGCUAAUAACUCUUGGUAAUUGGUAAUAGUUGGUAAUAGCUCUUGGUAAUUGGUAAUAGUUGGUAAUAACUCUUGGAAACAAAGAGACAAAGAUGACUCGUUUUAGUAUUAACCACCGCGCAGCAAAUUGCUGUAUGCAACCUUUGAGCUUGUUGCUACCUUAGAACGGCAAAGUUACAUUACCAGGCCCGGACAUAGAGAUCCAAAUCUUAGGCCCUUGGACAUUUGAAGCCCUCCAUUCCGAAGCGGUUAGAAUCAUAAGAGCUGGAUAAAAUUAUAUUAGGGGCCCCUGGGCUGGUGCCUGUUUUGAAAAUAUUAUAUUUAUUUAAUUCAAGUGUAUAAUUUAGCAUUUAUUGCCUCGUCUUAAAUUUCCACUAGGUUUAUCGUAAAUAUUAGUAAUAGAGAAUAUGCACAAGUACCCAGAAAUUGGUACAUAUAUAUAUAUUAGAUCUAACAAGCAACUAAUGGAAUUGAAUUAAAAUUAAAUGCUUUUUGAAAUAAUUACAGUAUUUGUACUAAUAAAAAAAAAUAUUAACUAAUUCUAGAAAUAACUUUGUUGGUACAUAUCUGAUGGUGAGCAUGUCAUUAUAUUAUCAUAUCACAGUUAUAUUGUAUAACAUUUCUGAGAAGUUGGAUUCAAAAUUGGAAAAUUUUAUAUUAGAAGAAUUUCAUAUAGAAGCAUUAGAGUAUUAAUGGGGUAUUGGACUACAAGACCUUUUAAUUAAUAAUGAAAAAUCGAAUGUAUUGAUUUAUUUAUUGGUAUCUUCUAUAUUUUGUAUGCAUAUAUCUCCGAUUGUUUUAUUUUUUAUUAUGAUUUUUUUUUAAAUGUAGUCAGUGCCCUAUUUCAUUAUUAAAUACAUUAUGUUAGACAUGUCACUAACCAUUUGUACUCUUAAUUCACAUAUGUAUAUAGUGCUCAAAUAAUAAUAACAAAUAAUAGCACAUAUUGAUACAGACAUGAAAGCGGGGAAGUGCAUCAAUUAUAUGUUAUAUAUAUAUGUUAUAUACUAAAUAAAAUUAUUAUAUAUUUUAUAGAAUACUGUGUGCUAAUGUAGAUCUAGUUUCUGUCACAUUAUAAUAUAAUAAGCAAUUUAAACAAGAGGUCGUACUUUGUCGACUGUUUCACCAUUGCAUUAUAUGCAAAUGCACUAUAUAUAAAAAUAAUGUUCAAAUUUUCCACUAUUACGAUAUUGUAACAAUUAGAUGUUGGUGAUGAUACCUUUGUGUAAAUUGUUAAGGUAAUACUUAAACAAUGGAACCUCAUUGAAUGAAGCUUGCCUGCACACUUGUUGAAUAAUUACAUAUAGACAAAUAUUUUCUUAUUAGAUGACCUACACUGUUGUAGUUUUUUCUAUGACACUGUAUAAUUAAUUGUUAUUAACAAAUGAAAAUAAUUUUUAUACAAAAGGUUGCAACACAGGACCACAGAGUAUGAUUAAUCGUUAAUGCUAAAAGCUAUAAUCUUUGUGGUGUUAAUGUUAUUUUGUCACAUCUAUCUAUUUUUCUAUCUUUAAAAUAUAGAUCAACUAACAGAAAUUUGUUUGUUAAUGUAGGCUCCCCAUACAUAUAUAUGUAUAAUGAUUACAAAUGUAAUAUAUUGUUGAUAUUGCUUA